UUUCCUCUGUGAGAGAAAGUGCACCAUGGCAGUUUUUGACACUCCUGAGGAGGCCUUUGGCAUCUUACGUCCCAUCUGCGUUCAGCUGACAAAGACCCAGACAGUGGAGAACGUGGAGCAGCUGCAGGCACAGUUACGGACUGUGAGUGACUCGGCCCUCCAGGAGCUUCAGCAGUACAUCCUCUUCCCUCUGCGGUUUACCCUGAAGACCCCAGGUCCCAAAAGGGAGCGCUUGAUCCAAAGCGUGGUGGAGUGCCUCACAUUUGUCCUCUCCUCAACAUGUGUGAAGGAGCAGGAGCUUCUCCAGGAACUCUUUUCAGAGCUCUCCACUUGUCUCUAUUCCCCCAGCUCCCAAAAACCCGCCGCUGUGUCAGAGGAGUUGAAAUUGGCUGUAAUCCAGGGCCUCAGCACAUUAAUGCACUCGGCCUAUGGGGACAUCAUUCUGACUUUUUAUGAGCCCUCCAUUCUGCCUCGUUUAGGAUUUGCUGUAUCUUUGCUGUUAGGCCUAGCAGAACAGGAGAAGUCAAAGCAAAUUAAAAUCGCUGCCUUAAAGUGUUUACAGGUUCUCCUCUUGCAGUGUGAUUGUGAUGACCAUCCGAGGUCCUUGGAUGAGCAUGAGCAAAAGCAGCUGGGGGACUUGUUUGCUUCCUUUUUACCUGGAAUCUCAACGGCACUGACCAGGGUUAUCACAGGAGACUUUAAACAAGGGCACAGCAUUGUCGUAUCUUCCCUAAAGAUCUUUUACACGACAGUGGGCUUCAUCAUGGCUGACGAACAGCUCAGAAGAAUCUCAGAGGUCCAAGCAGGGCCGAUGGUGGAGCACAGAGUAGCACAGCUGAUGGUUCACAGGGAAGCCGAGUGGAUAAAAAAUACUGGCGACAAGUUGACUAUCCUUAUUAAGAAGAUCAUUGAGUGUGCUUCAGUUCACCCACACUGGAAGGUGAGGCUGGAGCUGAUAGAACUUGUUGAGGCCCUUCUUUGGAAGUGUAGUCAGUCACUGGUCGAAUCGGCUGGACCCCUUCUGAAGGCUUUGGUGGGUCUGUUAAAUGAUGAGAGUCCUGAAGUCCAAGCCCGGUGCAAUAAAGUUCUGAGACAUUUUGCAGAUCAGAAAGUAGUGGUGGGCAGCAGAGCCUUUGCUGACAUCUUGUCAGAAAACCUCCAUUCCCUCGCCAUCUCUCUUCCCCGCCUAAUGAACUCCCAAGAUGAUCAGGGCAAAUUCUCUACUCUUUCCUUAUUACUCGGUUAUCUGAAACUCUUGGGCCCCAAAGUGAACUUUGUCCUCAACUCUGUGGCCCACCUCCAGCGCCUUGCCAAAGCGCUUAUCCAAGUUCUAGAAUUAGACGUGGCUGACAUCAAAAUUGUUGAAGAGCGGCGUUGGAAUUCUGAUCAUCUGAGUGCUUCUCCAAAGACAGCCACAUGGCCGUGGAGUCAAAUUCAGAGGAGAUACUUCCGCUUCUUUACUGAUGAGAGGAUUUUCCUGCUCUUGCAGCAGGUCUGUCAGCUUCUUGGUUUUUAUGGGAACCUCCAUUUGCUUGUGGAUCACUUUAUGGACCUGUACCAUGAAUCCGUGGUUUACCGAAAGCAAGCUGCCAUGAUCCUUAAUGAACUGGUUGCAGGGGCUGCUGGGCUGGAAGUGGAAAAUCUUCAUGAAAACCAUAUUAAAACAAGCCCAGAGGAACUGAGAGAGAUCGUGACAUCUCUACUUGAAGAAUACACGAGCCAAGAAAACUGGUAUUUGGCCACUUGUAUUGAAGCUGAAGAAAUGGGAGAGGAGCUAACUAUGAAGCAGUCAGGCCUCCAGGCCAUCACAUCUGGUCCACACACCUGCCAAGUUACAUCUUUUCCAGCCUUCUCAAAGCCAAGUCCCACUAUCUGCUCCAUGAACAGCAACAUCUGGCAAAUAUGCAUCCAGUUGGAAGGGAUCGGCCACUUUGCAUAUGCACUAGGAACAGACUUCCGUUUGCUCUUGAUGUCAGCCCUCUAUCCAGUCCUGGAGAAGGCUGGAGACCAAACUCUGCUCAUUAGCCAGGCAGCUACCAGUGCCAUGAUGGACAUUUGCCAUGCUUGUGGCUACGACUCCCUACAGCAACUGAUCAACCAAAAUUCAGACUAUUUGGUGAAUGGGAUCUCUUUAAAUCUGCGUCAUCUAUCUCUGCACCCCCAUACCCCAAAGGUCUUGGAAGUCAUGCUGAGGAACUCUGAUGCUAGCCUGCUUCCUUUGGUGGCAGAUGUGGUUCAAGAUGUCUUGGCCACCCUGGACCAAUUUUACGAUAAGAGGGCCACUUCCUUUGUCAGUGUUCUACACGCCCUGCUGGCAGCAUUAGCCCAGUGGUUCCCAGACACAAGUGAUCUUGGGCAACUCCAAGAGCAAAGUACAGGGGAGGAGGGAAGUCAUUUGAGCCAAAGAUCAACAACUCUUCAGGACAGACUUGAGAACAUCACCACAGCCGAAGACAUUGAACAGUUUUUGCUGAACUACCUCAAGGAAAAGGAUGUGGCAGAUGGAAAUGUCUCAGAGUUCGAUGAGGAAGAGGAGCAGUCAGACCCUCCCAAGGUGGAGGAGAAUGACUCCGGUCCCCAUGUGGAGCCCCCACUGCCAUUGCAGAUCCAAAUAGCCACCGACGUGAUGGAGCGCUGCAUCCACUUGUUGUCAGAUAAAAACCUGAAAAUCCGCUUGAAGGUCCUGGAUGUGCUGGAUCUGUGUGUGGUCGUUCUGCAGUCCCACCAGAACCAGCUCCUCCCUUUGGCUCACCGGGCCUGGCCCCCGCUCGUACGCCGACUCACAAACGAUGACCCCCUGGCAGUGCUCAGAGCCUUCAAGGUUUUGCGUACCCUCGGAGGCAAGUGUGGUGAUUUUCUCCGGAGCCGGUUCUGCAAAGAUGUCCUGCCAAAGCUGGCUGGCUCCUUGGUCGCCCAGGCUCCCGUCAGUGCCCGGGCUGGACCGGUUUACUCCCACACGCUGGCCUUCAAGUUGCAGCUGGCCGUCCUGCAGGGCCUGGGCCCUCUCUGCGAGAGACUGGACCUAGGUGAGGGUGACCUGAAUAAAGUGGCUGAUGCCUGCCUGAUUUACCUCAGCGCCAAACAGCCCGUGAAAUUACAAGAGGCUGCCAGGAGGGUUUUCUUCCACUUGAUGAAGGUCGACCCGGACUGCACCUGGUUCCUCCUGAACGAACUCUACUGCCCUGAGCAGCUCAUACCCCCCCAUCCUGCCCUCCACCCUGUGCAGCUGCGGGGGGCCACGGGGCAGCAGAACCCCUACACGGCCAACGUGCUCCUCCUGCUGCGGGAGCUGCAGUGAGCGCCCCCCUCCUGCGAUGGGGUGACCCCACCCUGGCCACAGGCCAUGGCAACAGCAGAGAAGACAGCAAGGUGGAUUAGACAGGCAAUCGAUUUCUAAAUUGAUCGAUCACACAACUGCUUAGAAAUUGGAUUGAACGAAAGUAGCUGACUGUUAUUUAUAUUUCAUACCUGCUGUUUUCAGAUGACAUUGUCUGGCAGCUCUUAAGGGCUUAACUCCUUAGCUUACUCUGUCCAAGGCCCCAGCUGCCUCACAGUCCACCCCCCACACACAGACUCACACCGGCGAGCUGACAGACACGUGGGCAGGGGCCUGGACUGCGUGCCGCAUUGUGUGUCCUCUGAGUGUCCGAGGACCACGAGGCGGCAGCACUCACCAGGAGUCUUCAGAACACAGCCCAGUGUCACAGACACGCACACCCCUCACCUCGAAUAAUGAGAUGGAACUGACUCGUUGCACCUAACCUGUUCUUUGGAAGAAAAUGAAAUAAAGACACUCGUUGGAUGAAAAGGAUGA